AUGUCAAAUAUUGCCUUGAGAAAACCAUCUCCUGGAAAUGAUGUGAAGAGUACUCCUCUGGGGACUGCACUGAGGCAACAAGGUUUUCAUGAAGUGAACAAGCGAAGGACUUUCUUACAAGAUAGCAGCUGGAUAAAGAAACGUCCUGAAGAAGAAAAAGACGAAAACUAUGGCAGAGUGGUGCUCAAUCGACAUGCUUCCCAUGAGGCUUUAGACAGGAGCAAAAAUGAAAAGAAUGAGCAGAAAGUCAAAAUUACUCGAUACAGAUCUGAUGACACCUUAGACAGGAUUUCAGAAAGAAAUGAUGCUGCUAAAGCUCAUAAGGCCAAUACCUUGGAUAACCGACUAACUAAUAGAGACAUGUCCCCUUUCAGAGCAUCAGAAGCAACAAAACCACCAUCUGGAGUUUCUUUCAACACUAGCACCACUAAAGGAACCUCUGCUGCUGCUGCUGCUCAGGUCACAACUCCUGUGAAGAAAAAGAGACAAUCUUGGUUUCCACCACCACCUCCAGGUUAUAACACCACCCAGAAUGCAGCAGGAAACAGAAGGGAACCAAAUUCUCUGCCCUCAAUACUUCCAAGGCCUUAUUCUCCAGUUCCAUCACCUCCACAGUCACAAAAGGAUAAUAUUAGGCAGAUAUGUCCUCCUAAACCAGGCAUAUCUUUGGAAGCCAACAGACCUGCUGAGAAAAAAACAAGAAGUCAAGAUCUAGAUGACAUCAUCAGAGUGGAUGCUGAUAAAAACGACAAAAGAAGUCAAGACUUGGAUGAUCUCAUCAAAAUGAACAAAAACAUGAAUAGGAACCAAGGCUUGGAUGGCAUUUUCAGAACAAAUGCAAAGACAGAACAAACUGAUAAAAAAAAUCAAGAGCUUGAUAAUCUCAUUAAAGUGAACCACAGAACUGACAAAAAUGGCAAAGGAAACGAAAAUCUUGAUGAUAUAAUUAAAGGGAAACCCAGGACUGAUGAAAAUGGCAAAGGAAACCAAGACCUUGACAAACUCAUCAGUGUGACGAUCCCUAAGGACAAAGAUGACAAAGGAAAACAAGGGCUUGACCAUCUAAUUAAAGUGAAUCACACAGCAGACCAAAAUGGAAAAAAAAGCCAAGACUUGGACAGUAUUAUCAAAGUGAAUCCCAGGACAGAUAAAAAUGGCAAAGGGGAUCAAGACCUUGAUAAUCUCAUCAAAGUAAAACCCAAUCAGAAUGAAAAUAAGACUAGAAAACAAGACCUUGAUAAUGUCAUCAAAGUGAAUACUGAAAGAAAUAAAACUACCCAGAGGGAUCAGGAGCUUGACAGUUACAUCAAAGAGAAUCCCUCAGCAAACAGAAAUAUUCCAGGGGGCUCAAACCUGGACAAUCUAAUUGAAGUGAAUCCUGCAAUCCACAGAAAUAGCCAUGGGGCCCAAGACCUUGACCAUCUCAUCAAAGUAAGCCCAAGAACAGGAAAAAGUGAUCAGGGAAACCAAGACUUGGAUAAUCUCAUCAAAGUGAAUCAACCAGUAAACAAACCUACUCCAGGGGGAGAAGGUCUUGAUAAGCUCAUCAGUGUGAACCCCAAAGCUGGCAAAAGUACCACAGGAAAUCAAGAUCUUGAGAAUUUCAUUAAAGUUAAUCCUGAAACUCUCAAAAACAAUCAGAGAAACCAAGAAGAUCUUGAUAAAUUCAUCAAAGUGACUCCUGAAGUUCUCAGAAACAAUCAGAGGAGCCAAGACCUGGAUAGAUUCAUUAAAGUGAAUCCAACAACUUUCAGAAAUAGCAAAAGGGACCAAGACCUUGACAAUCACAUUGAAGUUAAUUCUAAUAGAUAUAACAAGACUCAAAGCAAAUACCCAAAGGAUGGUUAUGAAGAAGGUAUCACUGGAAAAUAUAUACAAACAGUUUAUUCGACCUCUGAUAGGUCUGUCAUUGAAAAGGAUAUGUGUACCUAUUGUCGAAAGCCCCUGGGCUCAAAUACCAAAAUGAUCUUGGAUGAGUUACAGAUUUGCUGUCAUUCAACUUGCUUCAAGUGUGAAAUUUGCAAAAAGCCUCUGGAAAACUUGGAAGCUGGUGACAGUAUUUGGAUCUAUAAACACACUGUACAUUGUGAGCCUUGCUACUCCAAGGUUGUAGACCCCAAGCCCCGGAUCCGGCGCCGCCCUUUCACAGUUCACAGUUCCCUCUCAUCAAAGCGCAUCCCCCCCAACUGCUCCCACGCCACGCCACGCCCCCCACCCCCACCCGGCCCGGGCAAAAACCCGGAACCGCGGAUCCUAGCUCUUGAAAGCCCUGUGGGACCGGAGGGGGCUCCAUGCUGGCCCCCGGGCUCGGGCGGGCGGGAGGGAGGGAGGAGCGGCAGCGGCAGCAGCCCCAGCUCGCGGGGACGGUGGCCCUGGCCUCGGUUCUAG